UCCUCCUCCAGUUCCGUGAGUUAGCAUCAUAGCCUUAGCAUGCAAGCAAGCUAACUAGCUCCCAAUAUUACAAUUUCUUAUUAAAAACAAUUGACCGUGUCUAUUUUUGGGGGACGUAUCUCCAAUGACAGCGAAACGUUUAAAGUCGGACUGAACUGUUUUGAAAACGUUUUCUUAUUUCCCGUCAAAUACCUCUUCUCUCAGUCGUAUUUGUUAGCUUCCUGCUUGCAGUCAUUGGCUAACUUCACUCUUACACUAUGGCAAGUGCAGCAAGUGCAAACUUAAAUGCAGUCCGGGAGACAAUGGACGUGCUACUGGAGAUCUCCAGGUUGCUGAACACAGGUUUGGACAUGGAGUCUCUGUCCAUAUGUGUGAGACUGUGUGAGCAGGGCAUCAACCCAGAAGCUUUGUCUGCAGUCAUCAAAGAACUACGUAAAGCUUCUGAAACCCUCAAGGCUUCUGAAAACUCCACUAACUGAUGUUGCAGCCUCAGUAUGAACUUUUAAGGGGAGGAAGCCCUGUUCCUGGCUCUCAAGCCACUCAGACCUGUCUGUGAGUUGGCCCUCAGUCCUCGGUGCCUCUUCAGUGACUGACUGAUCCUGUUCCCUGCUUUGACUUGUGUCUGAGUAUUUCUGUGGAGGUAUCAACCCCAGUCCUCUGCCUAAACACAAGUCAUCCCCCGACAUGAGGCCAUGCUCUGCCUCAGAUUUGCUUGCAAGUGGAAGAUCGAGAUGGUAUUAGCAUUGACAUCCUGCCUUCAUUCAAGAGCGUUCUUCUAAUUUCUGACUCUCAACUUGCACUUUUCAUGAUGAAAUGUUUUUGACGUUUUGAAAUAUCUAAUUUGUUAUGAAUGUUUUUUAAUUGUAUGUAAGCCCAUAAUGCAUUUUCAACGUAACCUUUUGUUAUUUCCAUUGUCCGUUAAACCAUCAAUGAUGGAACAAAGUCUAAAUUAAAAUGUUACAGUCAAACGGCCA